CACAGCCAGCAUUAAACAAAAAGCAGACCAGUCCAGAGGCCGUUUUUCUCCGCACGGCAAGCCACCCCCUCGCCUCAGGUCGUCGUCAUCGAUCACACCCAGCUUCCAACCAUCCGACUCCCUCACUCCGUCCGCUCAAUUAAGAGAUCUCCCCUCUCCCCGCCCCUUCUCGCGCGCGCUCCCGUGCUCCAUCGCCCCCUUUUCCGUCCGUUUCCGACCGCCCCCCGGAAAGCUCCAGAAAACCCGUGCGCCGGCGCGCCGGCCCUCGCCCCUCUAUAACCCCCUGCCGCGCGAUCGCGCGAUGGACCCGCAGUCACACUCGCAGUCGCCACCGCCAGCAGCUGAGGACGACCCCGACGCGAUGCCGAGGGAGCAGCAGCAGCGGGAGGAGGCGCCGCCGGGCUACGUGCCGCCGAUGAGCCCCGAGGAGGUGGCGGCCGUCGAGGCGCUCCUCGGGUACGAGUUCAAGGACAAGUCCCUGGUCGGCGAGGCCCUCACGCACGGCUCCUUCUACUUGCCCUACCGCUCCGGCGACUCCACCUACGAGCGGCUCGAGUACCUGGGCGACGGCGUGCUCACCUGCCUCGUGUCACGGGAGGUCUUCCUCACCUACCCGGACCUCCCGCCAGGCCCGCUCACGCGCCUCCGCGCCGCCAACGUCGACAAGGAGAAGCUCGCGCGCGUCGCCGUCGACCACGGCAUCAACCGCUUCCUCCGCCACAAGGCGCCCAAGCUCGAGGAACAGAUUGCUGAUUUUGUGAAAGAAUUGGGCCAGUAUGAAUACCACUCGAAUGGGCUAUUGGAUGCUCCAAAAGUGCUAUCUGACAUUGUGGAAUCUCUUAUUGGUGCCAUAUAUGUUGACUCCAAGUACAAUCAAGAACAAGUUUGGCAGGUUUUUCGAAAUUUGGCUGAUCCACUUAUUAGCCUUGAGACAUUAGGGAAGCAUCCCGUAAGCGAGCUAUUAGAGUUUGGCCAAAAGACCGGUCGAAUAGUGGAUAUCUCUAAAGAUGGGUGGGUUAAGGAUACGAAGGUUGAUGUAUUUGUUGACGGUGUGCUGGUUGCCAGCGCUACUUAUGCUCAAAAGAAGGAGAUAGCUUCGAACCGCGCCGCGAAGGCUGCUCUAGACAAAUUAAAGGAGAUGUCGGGGCAAUCUGAUGUUCAAUCAGCCCCAGCAGAAGCUCCUGAGCCGUUGGACGAAUUGGAUCAUUAUGGAGCUCUAGAGCUCCAGUGAAAUGUUGAGACAUUGUCGGCGCAACAAAUGUUUUUGCCCGUUUGUAGUUCCAUUGAAUUUUUCCAUUACAUGUGUGUUGUUAAGCUGCUUUAUGAGCCUGUAAAUAUUAUAUGCAAAUCAUAUGAUUAUUGUGCCCCUGUGGGCGAGCAGACUGAAUGUUUA